AUGUUGACCGACCCAUUACUCUCCAGCGUGGCCCUACUUCACGAUAUCCGCCAGUCAGCCGAGCUCCUGGACCUGAGAUCAGGCAUCAUCUCAGGGCUAUUCUCAACGCCCAAGCGGAUGCCAUCCCUUCUCCUCUGGGAUGAUAAAGGGCUGAUGAACUUCGAAGCCUGGACGAAGAGUCCAGCAUACUAUCCCAAAAGCCGGGAGCUCGAAAUACUGCACAACAGCCGGCAUGACAUUGCCCGCGGACUGCCAGACCGCUUUGUCCUGAUUGAGUUGGGCUGCGGAAAUCUUAUCAAAACAGCCGCCAUCCUCUCCGCGCUCGAAAAGGACCGCCAGGAGGUUUAUUACUACGCGCUGGAUGUCUCUUCGGACGCACUAUGCAAGAGCCUGGGUGCUUUGAGAGAGCAAUUAAAGGGUGCUAAGAACAUCCACAUCUCGGGGCUCAUCGGUACCUACGAGGACUGCGCAGACUGGCUCGGAAGUUCGUUACCCGCUGCAACUGUGACUUUCUUGUGGGUUGGCAACAGCAUCGCGAAUUUACGACAGGAGGACGCCAGCAUACUGCUAGGCAAAUUUCGCCAAGCAUGCCGCAAGAUCUCAGUCGAAUGUAACUUCCUGAUCUCAGCAGACGGCUGCGCAGUCGAGGACAGACUUCUGAAAGCAUAUUCCCCCAAUGAGGAGCCAUCGCGAACUUUUCUUUUUCACGGUCUACACCAUGCUAACCAGUUACUUGGACGUGUUGUCUUCGACGAGAAUGACUGGGACUGUAUUUGUGAAUACGAGAAGGAACAGAAUGAGCUGCAUUUCAGUUACGCGCCGAAGCGGCACUUGGAGCUGGAUAUUGGGCCCUCUAGUGUUGGGUUUGCCAAGGACGAGAAAGUGCGCUAUUUCAUGAGUGGAAAAUGGACCCAACAACAGAUGAGUGCGCUUGCUGAGAAUGCGGGCUUUGAAAUUGGGAACGUAUGGAGAGAUGCGCAGGACGAAUAUAGGUUUUAUCUUUUGAAGGGGGUGUGA